AGUGAGAAGCAAACCUAAAGAACAGAGAGAGAGAGAGAAACGUUUUAAUUUCUUUGUCUUUUUUUUCUUUAGAGAGAGAGAGAGAGACCUUUCUGCUUCUUAGACCUCUUCCCAGACCUACGUCUCUUCUCUUUUUUCUCUCUGUGAUCCGAUCGCUCAAUCUUUUGAAAAUCCUUCAGAUUAAUUUGUUCGAUUCAUAUUUUUUUUUUAAAAUUCUUAGCAGUUGUUAGUUCUUCGAAAAAUCAAAAACAAAUUUGUUUUGAUCUUAUUGCUUAAUUUUAUUUUACUUUUUGCACUGUUUGCCGUCGAUCAAGGUACUGCCAUCUGAAAGAAACCCUAAUUUUAUAAUUUAUGAUGGCUGCUUCUAAUUUACCUGUCGCUGAUUCGGCGGCGGCAUCGAGUGUCAAUCAGUCUCCUCGUAAUUCUGGGCAGAAUUACGGCAGUCGCAGCCCCAAAUCAUCAACACGUCGCUCUGGUGGACGCACAGUGUCUUCUUCUCCGUGGACGCAGAUUGUUCGCGGUGAAAUGGACAUGGCGGCGGCUGUUUCGUCAUCUGCAUCUCCGACUACUGUUAUUGAACCGAUAUCGUUUUCGUCUUCUUCUUCGUCUGAGGAGCCACUGAGUGAGAGUUUGGAUGGCGGAAAUGGGUUGUCCGUCAAUGUUGCUGGAAAGAAGCCUGCGUGGAAUAAGCUCUCUAAUGGAACUGAGGCUGGGCCUGUCAUGGGGGCUGUGUCUUGGCCCGCUCUGUCGGAAUCUGCCAAGGGCACACCUAAAUCAUCUUCGGAUUCACUUAAAAGUUUAGGGGAUGGAUCCACUGGCGCGCAGGGGACUGGAACUCCGUCUUCCUCAUCAAACAAAGAAGGUAAUAAUGAUGUCAGACCCAAUCCUGAUUCAUCUCUUACUCAUCCAAUAACCUCACGCCAGAAAUCAAUGAGGCGUAGUGGUUCAGGUAAUUCAUAUAAUAGUGGCCUCCCCCAACAGUCAGCACCUUCAAGUCCUAUAAUUGAUCCAGCUCCUAACAAUUCUUCAAAGGAUCAGACAGAGAGAAGUACAUUUGCAUCACCAUCACAUAAUGAUCAUGGUCAUCAACAACCACGUUACUCAUUUCGUAGUCGUGGUGUUUCACAUCCACGUGGUGAUAAUUCCCAUCAUCAUAACUAUGGUUCUAGACGUGAUCACGAUCGUGGAAAUCAAGAUUGGAAUUCAAAUAGAAAUUUUAAUGCACAACCUCAUAGAGUUGUUCACAGGUUUAUUAGACCUUCUCCACCUCCACCUCCUAAUACUGCUGCCUUUAUUUCUGCUCCACCAAUGAGGCCUAUUGGGGGUCCAUUAUCCUUCCCUGAUUUUGCAUCUCCUCCAAUGGUAUAUGUUGGUCCCCCUCCUCCAGAGGCUCUUAGAGGUGUACCUUAUGUCACUUCAAUACCACCUAAUGCAAUGUUUUUUCACCCAGACCCUCAGUUGUAUGCUAUGAUAGUGAGUCAGAUAGAAUACUAUUUCAGUGGUCAAAAUUUAAUAAAAGACACUUUCUUGAGAAAGAACAUGAAUGAAGAGGGAUGGGUUCCAAUUAGACUAAUAGCAUCCUUCAACAAGGUUAAACGUCUGACUGAAAGUAUCCCAAUUAUAUUGGAUGCAUUGCAAUCAUCUUCACUUGUGGAAGUAAAGGGAGAGACGGUAAGGCGGCGUAAUGAUUAUGACAGAUGGAUUAUUCGACCUGGUGAAAUUCCUGAUGUUGCAGGCCCAUUAAGCCCAGGAAGUUCCAAUCAGGAUAUGUUGGCAGCUGGUGUUCAAACUAUUGCGCUAGAGAAUAUUAAUCAUAGGGUAUCUGAAGGUGGACAGGGUGCUGUUCAUGUUGAGGCACACCAAAGUAGUAGGCCAUCUGGAAAUAUGAGUAUGCACGCACAGCCAUAUGGUGAUAAUGGAACAGACCAAGUAAAUACCAAGGCAGGUUCAGAUCAUUCAUCUUCUGAAAGGAGUUAGACCAAGAACUUGUGCUGUGAACCCGUGUCCUUCUGAAUGAAAACUAGAUGUGGGUAGUAGAGAUUGAGGAGAUGUUAGUGGACACGGUUUGCUUAACAACAAUUCUCUUCUCGUGAUGCCAAGUAAAUUGGUGGGACUGAAGUUGAAGAAGAGGAACAAUAAUGAAAAGAG